AUGUCACCGGCUGGCGUCUGGAAGAGAAGCCAGACGGGGAGCUCGAGAUCGCCAUCCCGCCCCAGGCGCCCAUUGGCACUUACACCGCCGAGGUCGAGCUCGGCCCAGAUACUAAAACGGCGUUCCCCAAGCAGGUCGUCAUUCUCUUCAACCCAUGGGGGGAGGCUGACGAUGUAUAUCCAGCUGCCUCCGGCAAUUCCCCUGCAGGACGACGGUGCAAUCUGGGUCGGCUCCAGCCACUAUCGCCGCCCGCGGGCAUGGUUCUUCGGGCAGUACGAGGAGGGCGUCUUAGACGCAUGCCUGAAGUUGGUGGAGAUGUUCACAGGCGACCGCGGGAACGUGGUGCUCAUGGCCCGGCACCUGAGCUCAGCGGUGAACCAGCUUGACAAUGGCGGAGUCUUGGUUGGCAACUGGUCUGGGGAUUAUGAGGGAGGCAAGGCCCCGACGGCCUGGGUUGGGAGCCCCUCGAUCCUGACGCAGUGGGCAGAGUCGGGCCCCGUGAAGUUCGGGCAGUGCUGGGUCUUCAGCGGGGUGCUGACCGCGGUCUGCCGGUGCCUCGGCAUCCCAGCCAGGAUCGGGGGACGUGACGUGCUUCGACUCCGCGCACGACACCAAUUCAAACCGCGCGAUCGACAAGUACUUUGA